AUGAAAAGUUCAUUAAUAACAAUAAUAAUUACAAAUUUAGUACUUUAUGGUAUAUCUGAAAGUUUAGCACAACUGAUAUUAAGUUAUAGAUCAGAUCAACCAAUGAUAUCAUUCAAAUUAAAUGAUCCAAUAGAUUCAAUAAUUUUAACAUCAAAUGAUGAAGAACGAAACAUAACACCCACACAAGAUAACGAUAAUGAUUCACUAAUAAGUGAAGAAGGAUUAGAUAGAUUUAUAGACUACUUAAGAAGAGAUCAUGAUGAAUUCCAACCACAACCUGAUGAAUUAGUGGUAUAUACUCCAUUAACUUAUUUUCAAUUUAAUAGAUUAGCUGGGUUUAUGUGUUGGGGUAUAAUUAUGGGAUUUGUACAAUGUUUUUGGUACAAAUUUUUACAAAUUUAUUCAAAAGAUCCAAAAUUUAUAGAAGUUUUACGUAAAGUUUUAACUGAUCAAUUAUGUUAUUCUCCUAUAUCUUUAUUUUGUUUUUUCACUUAUGGUACAAUGGUUUUGGAAAAUGGUUCAUGGGAUGAUGCUAAGUCUAAAUUAUCGAAAGUAUAUUUGAAAACAUUAAUUAUAAAUUAUUCAGUUUGGUUUCCUAUACAAUUUUUUAAUUUUUUGGUUGUUCCUAGAUCGUUUCAAGUUCCUUUCAGUUCUUCAAUAAGUGUGUUAUGGAAUUGUUUCUUAUCUAUGAAGAAUUCAACAACAUGA